UUUUAGGGUUUUCUGUGCGAGAGCGAUGGCGGCCUCGCGGCGUGGCCAGAAGAGGAAGCGAUCGGGCAAUUCGCGAGGUAUAGCUUCCUCCCAGUUCUCCUCUCGCGAUGAAGGCGCCGAUUACAAGCACUGCGGGUUCCUCCUCACCGCCGUGGAAUCCGAUCCUCUCCUCCAUGAUCAGAGCAGCAUUCCCCCGGAUUGCUGCUCCAACAGCGGUGAAGAUUUCGGCGAGCUAGUCCAGUGCCGCGAUGGCGUCCAGGAGGCGCCAGACGAAUGUAGGUUUUCCAGCCUCGUGGGAGCCGAGUGUGAAUUAACUGGCCAGGGCGCCAACGCUACCAUUGCGAUUGACGCCUUUCACGCGAUUCCAGCCGCAAUCGCGGAAGAAUCCGUGCUGAUCGAUCCCGCCACUCCGGAUUCCACGUCGCGGAGCUCGGAAAAGUGUCGCAGCAGCUCAGGGAAGCGGCGGGGCAGCUCUAGCGUCACGAUUCCAAGCAUUGUCUCGCAGCUCCAGAGAGUGGCUUCCAUGAACGGCUUGAAAUUCCGGGGCCGCGUUGUCAAGGUUGUCCAGAAAGGGGCCGUGGUUCGUGCGGUGGUACUCAUCGAUGUGUUCUUUCCUUUGCGGCAUUUUAUCACGCUUAGCAGCUGGAAGGGUGGCAGUGCCAGUGCUUUCGCCAUGGGCCACUUGAGCUGCGAUUGGAGCCGGAGGAAAGAGCUUGAAGCUUCAAGUUCUUCGAUCGAUGACCGAGACGUGUGGAACCUUUCGGAAUGCCAUGUUGUUGGCUGCUCUCUACACUCCAGUGUGUCCACUUCCGUCAAGAACACGAGGUUUAGUCUUCACGAGAUUUUUAACUCGCUCUCGGCCGGCGAUGCAGGCAGGAGAUUCGUAGGCACCAGCUUAGUCUGUGCUGGUGAUGAAGAUCGUCGGUGCAGUGGCUUGUGGGAUCUCCCCGACGAGAUCCUCACGUCCGUCUUUAGCAGGCUCCUUCCCAGGGAUUUACUGAGCAUUGCAGCGGUUUGCCGGCACACCCGCGAACUGACGAGGUUUAUCGUCCCUUGUAUGAACCUUCGACUGUUUCCACACCAGAAUGCGGCGGUCCAGUGGAUGCUCCACCGCGAGACGAAUCCACAACGUUUCAGGAACCCGAUACAUAAGGAUUUACAGACGGAAGAUGGAUUCCACCUCUUUUUGAACAGCGUUACCGGGGAGAUUUCUAUCGAGAUGCCGGAGCUCAGCGACUUCCGUGGGGGCCUGUUUUGCGACGAGCCGGGACUGGGAAAAACCAUCACAGCUUUGUCACUUGUACUGAAGAGCCAGGGGAUCUUUCCAUCUCCUCCACCGGGUGCUGAAGUUUGCUGGUCUUCUAGUCUGUCGGGCGAGAAGAUCGGAUACUACGAAGCAACCUCAGGGACGCAGAGAAUGUCGUUACUGAAGCGAUGCAUGGCUAUGAAGGGACGUAGAUAUCAGCUCGGAGCGGAAACUCCAAGCGAGUUUGGCAAGCGGAAGGCAGCGGCUGACGACUCUAUACUAGAGCCUUUGCGCAUCAGGAGGAAGCUUUUGGACAGCUAUGGUGACGGUAGCGAAGAAGCUGGUGUUGCGGAUAUCGGGGCAGCAGCAGCAGCAUCACAGCAGCCAGAAGUAGCUGAUGAUGUGUGGGUGCAAUGCGACGGCUGUAAGAAAUGGCGUAAACUGGCACACGGUUGUGGCUCUCCUCAGGAUGGUUCGGCCUGGUUUUGUAAGAUGAACAGGAACCCUCAGUAUCAGAGCUGCUCAGCGCCGGAAGAAUCAUGGGACGGGAAAGACAGUAUUUCUCACUUGGAAGGCUUUCACAGGAAAGGCAGCGAGGCUGGCCUGGAGCGGAACGUGUCGUUUUUCUUUUCGAUCCUGAAGGACCGUGCGGCGUUACUGAACUCCGAGGCCAAGAAGGCAUUGAACUGGCUAGCAGAUUUGCGUUCUUUGGAGCUUACAAAGAUGGCAAGCUCGGGUAUCCCAGUUCCGCAGCACUUGAGAAUGGUCUCGGUCACAGGACGGACGGAGCACGAGUACGAAGAGUUCUUCCUGGCCUUCGGCCUCGUCCCAAAGCAGGACAAGAAGAAGGUGCCGAAAUGGCAGUAUCCGGAGGGACUCACGGGCUUUCACCUCGACACGUUAGCUCUCAAGUGUGCUCUAUCAAAGCCCGUGGAAGAAGUCACUCGGGUAUACCUCUCAAAGGCAACCUUGAUCGUGGUUCCGUCAAACUUGGUGGAGCACUGGAAGACUCAGAUACAGAGGCACACGAGUGACAAGCAGCUGCGAGUUUAUGCCUGCCUCGACUCGAAAAACGCUCCUACGUCGCACAGCCUUGCGUGGGAUUACGACAUUGUCAUCACGACGUUCAACCGGCUCAGCAUUGAAUGGAACAGCAGGGAGAGCAGCCUGCUGAUGCAAAUACACUGGUUUCGGAUUAUUCUGGACGAGGGGCAUACGCUCGGAGCUAGUUUCUCACUCACCAACAAGCUUCAGAUGGCCGUCAAUAUGCGGGCUUCAUGUCGGUGGGUUCUCACAGGAACUCCUACACCGGAUACUCCAUACAGUCAGCUCGUCAACCUUCAUCCUAUGCUGAGGUUCCUCCAUGACGAGCUCUAUGGUAGCCAGAUCAAGCUUUGGGAUGCUGCAGUUUUGCGUCCCUUUGAAGCACACUUGGAGGAAGGCAGGCUCCGUCUGGUGGACUUCCUCCGGAGGUGUAUGAUCAGUGCAAGGAAGGCCGACUUAAGCUCCAUUCCUCCGUGCGUCCGGAAGGUCAAGCUGGUGGAAUUUACAGACAACCAUGCUGCCAGCUACAACGAGCUCGUGGAGACGGUCCGGAGAAAUCUUCUCAUGGCAGACUGGAAUGAUCCCGACCACGUCGAGUCUCUCUUGAAUCCGAAGCAGUGGAAGCUCAAGAAUACUACGUUGAGAAACGUCCGGCUGUCUUGCUGCGUUGCGGGCCACAUCAAAGUCCGGAAUGCUAAUCAAGAUAUCCAAGAAACGAUGGAGAUGCUUGUUCAGGACGGCAUGGAUCCAACCUCGGACCAGUAUGGAUUCAUAAAGGGCUCUCUUCUGCUUGGAGGAAACUGCUUCAGGUGUGGAGAAUGGUGUAGACUUCCGAUCUUAACACCUUGUCUUCACUUCUUGUGCUUGUCGUGCGUAUCGUUGGAUUGUGAACGGUGCAUUUUACCGGAAUGUGGAAAACCGUACCAAAUGCAGACACCGAAAGCUCGUCCAGAGAAUCCAAAUCCGAAAUGGCCAGUUCCACAAGAUCUUAUCGAGCUACAACCAUCCUAUAUCCAAGAAGACUGGCAUUCUGAAUGGCAAGCAACGUCAAGCAGUAAAGUCUCUUAUCUUGUUGAAAGGCUGAGAGGCCUGCAACAGGAAAACGGGAAACUGCCUGAAAAGGCCAUCGUGUUUUCCCAGUUUUUGGAGCAUAUAAGUGCAAUUGAAAUGCAGCUCACCAAAGGAGGGAUAGAGCAUGCAGGAAUGUACAGUCCCAUGCCUGCUGCAAGCAAGAUGAAAUCCUUGAGAACGUUCCAAGAGAACCCCAAAUGCGUCGUCCUUUUGAUGGAUAGCAGCUCUGCUCUUGGACUGGACUUAAGUUUCGUCACCCAUGUUUUUCUCAUGGAACCCAUAUGGGAUCGCAGUAUCGAGGAACAAGUUGUGAGCCGUGCUCAUCGAAUGGGAGCCACUCGGCCAGUGCUUGUGGAAACCUUGGCAAUGGCUGGGACGAUCGAGGAGCAAAUGCUGGGCUUCUUACAGCGCUGCUCGGAUCCAAGUCGAGGGCACCAUGAUCCUGCGGAGCUGCAAUAUCUCACCCGUUUAGCUUUCGUCAGGAAACAUGGCAGCCACUAACGCAUAGGAAAAUUGAUUUUUAUUACACCAUUUCUUUGUCCACAACUGAGGAUAAAAAAUAUAAAUAAAAUAUUUAACGUUUAAAUGGCCACAAAAGGGCUCAUCA